AUGGCGCCUCCACCAGCACCAGGCGUUUGGUGCCCCGCAGUCACCUUCUUCACCCCAGACAGCGAGACAGCGACCCUAGACCUCGUCGCACAAAAGCAAUACUUCAGUUACCUCUCCAAGUCCGGGCUUACGGGACUCGUCAUCCUCGGAUCCAAUGCAGAAGCCUUUUUACUCACACGAGACGAAAAGAGAGCACUCAUGAAAUGCGCCCGCGAAGCCGUCGGACCAGAUUAUCCCCUCAUGGUCGGCAUUUCUGGCUUCUCUGUCCCCCAGGUGCUAGAGAACAUUAGCGACGCAAUCGAGGCGGGCGCAAACUACGGAUUACUGUUGCCAGCAGCGUACUACGGGCCUGCCACAUCCAAAGAAGUCGUCAUGGCAUUUUACAACGAAGUCGCGCAAAAGAGCUCGUUGCCCAUUGUCAUUUACAAUUUCCCGGGUAUCUGCAGUGGUGUGGAUCUCGAUUCCGUUACUAUUGCCGCGCUUGCGCAGCAGAACCCAGGCAAGAUUGUGGGCGUCAAGUUGACGUGCGGGAGUGUAGCUAAGAUUACGCGGCUCUGUGCUGAGCUCCCGAGCGACAUGUUUUCGACGUUUGCAGGACAGGCAGACUGGAUGAUUGCUGGCUUGGCUGUUGGAAGCGCGGGAUGCGUGUCGGCGUUUAGUAACGUUUUUCCUAAAGUCUGCUCGAAGAUAUACGAGUGGUAUACGAGUGGCAAGACGCAAGAGGCGCUGGAGUUGCAUCGUAAGGCUGCGCUGGCGGAGAGCCCGAUUAAGGCUGGGAUUGCGCCGACAAAGUACGCAGUUAGUCAGUAUAGUGCGAAGGCGGCGGGGAUUGAAGGUGCGGAGGAGAGGUUGGCUCCUAGACGGCCGUAUAUGCCGGUUAGUGAGGCGCUCAAGACGAGUGUCAAGAAUACGAUGGAGGAAUUGGCUGCGAUAGAGAAUGGCUUGUAG